GGUGCUCCUCGCAAAAUUCGUUAACCUCGCUUUCUUUCUCUCUCGUUGCUCCCCCUUCGGAAAUCUUCGAAUCCAUCGUCGUAGAAGACGACGACGACGAGACUGGGCGGGGCGAGCCCCCCACCGGAGGGAGACGACGACGAGGACAAGGAGGAGGGUUUGUGUCCCCGUUCGCUGAUUGAUCGCCGGGCGCUCCGAAUUCGGUUUCUCCCGUUUGUACUGAAGGGUGAGCAUGGAUAGGAGGGAUGAGGAAGAGACGGUCCCGAAUGACUCGGACCCUCUUCUCAAGAGAGAAAAUGAGAAGGCAGAGUCGUCGUUGCAGCUGACACCGCUGACACCGCCUAAGCCAGCGACAGUGAGCGUAUCGGAGAUUGAGGAUGAGGAAACCGAUGGUUCUUCUGCAGGGUGCUGCCGCAUUUGCCUUGAGACUGAUUCUGAGUUAGGUGAUGAACUAAUAUCACCUUGCAUGUGCAAAGGAACCCAACAAUUUGUUCAUCGUUCAUGCCUUGACCACUGGAGAUCUGUUAAGGAAGGAUUUGCAUUUUCACACUGCACAACGUGCAAAGCUCAAUUCCAUCUUCGAGUGGAAACUUGGGAGGACAACUCAUGGCGUAAAAUGAAGUUCCGAAUAUUUGUUGCAAGAGAUGUUAUGCUUGUGUUUCUUGCUGUACAACUUACUAUUGCUAUGAUUGGUGCAAUCUCUUACUUUCUAGAUAGGGAUGGAAGUUUCAGAAACAGUUUCAGUGAUGGCUGGGAUCGCUUCUUGUCAAAGCAUCCAAUACCGUUCUAUUACUGCAUAGGUGUUGUUGUUUUCUUCGUGUUACUCGGUUUUUUCGGGUUGAUACUGCAUUGCUCAUCCUUCAACGAUAACCAAGAUCCAUGCCUAGCUGGGUGCCGGAACUGCUGCUAUGGUUGGGGCGUCCUGGACUGCCUGCCUGCAUCUCUAGAGGCUUGCUUUGCCCUGGUGGUGGUUUUCGUUGUCGUGUUCGCCAUCCUUGGUAUUGCAUAUGGAUUUCUGGCAUCGACCAUGGCUGUCCAAAGAAUCUGGCAGAGGCAUUACCACAUCUUGACCAAAAGGGAGCUCACGAAGGAGUACGUGGUGGAGGAUCUUCAUGGCAGCUACACGCCACCUAAGCUUGAUCCGGAGCACGAGGAGCGGCUGAAAAUGCUGAAGCUCCUCUAGCCUCUCAUGGCAGUCAACAGAGUCACUGCCUGUACAUCGUCCUUGCCCCUCUGUUUCGUUCCAGAUUGACAAAUGUCAGUCUGUUCUAGGCCACUGUAAAUAGUAUUACCUGUAUCACCGUUCGUGUGCCGAAACAAAACAUCAUAGUUUGUUGUCAAAUUGACUCCAUCGGCUACCUUGUCGCUAACGUGAGCGAGUUUCUUCGAUCAUUCUGCUUGUUAAACUCUUAUCAACUACUAGUAAUUAUAUUUGUCCCGGCAAUGACCUUGUCUUAAAAAUCUGAAUAAAUUUUGGUCCAUC